AUGACGUCGUCGUCGCUGCUGAGCUCGAUGGAGGUAAUGCUGGACGCACUCAUGCAGAGAGGGAUAGGGAAGCCGGACGACAAGCCCAAGGAAGAGCCACCGCCGGCAUUACCCACGCGGCCCACGGUGCGAGGCAGGCCGCCUUCCCUGAACCGGCCCGGGGCCGGCCCGGCUCCGUGGAUGAGUAGUCACCGUCCGCCGCUGGCCCCGAUUCCUCUGCCGCCGCAGGAAGAAGAGGAAAAGGGGAAAUCUUCGGUUCACUUGGAGCUGGAAAUUUGCGAAAGAAAAAACUUGGAGCUGGAAACAAGGGCGUUGAAUGCAGAGGAGGAGGUGAAGCAGAGAGACGACGACGUGAGGCAGAAAGAAGAGGAGAUCGCCGCGUUGAGACAGCAGGUGGAGCACUACGAAUCCCGGGUAUCGGAAUACGAGCUCAAGCUCAAGUCCGUGGAGGAGGAGCUGCAGAAACAAACCAUCGCGCUUCAGGUGGCUCAAAGUGCUGGGAUCACCCAUCGCCGGCAAUUAUCGAACAGUGCUAUACGGGCUAAAACGCAAGCUCUGGCCACGAGAGCAGAGGACGCGUCCACGUCCGCGUCCGUGUCCAUGAAGCGGCAGCCGCGCGGCGGUGGCGAUCCCGGCCUUGUUGAUGACAAGAAGCAAAGUAACCACGCUGACGAUAACCUCGCGAACGAGUUCACGAGGGAGAGCCAGAAGUUCGAUCACGCGGCCAAGGCGGUGGCGGAGGCGCCGCCGAGCGUGAUGUCCGUGGACGAGCUCAAGGUGCUGAAGCGGCAGUUCGGGGCAUGGAGGAAAGAGUACGAGGCCCGGCUAAGGAAGACGAAAGGGGAGCUCAAGAAGCGCGUCGUCCACUCGGAGAAGAGCCACGACCAAGGAGGAGGAGGAGGAGGGCAUGGCAGUAGUAGUAGUAGCAGCAGCCGGCUGCGCGGGUGCAGCUGCAGCUGCUGGUCGAGGAUCAAGGCGCCCAAAUUCAAGCAGCCCAAGUGCUGCACGUGUAACAUGAAGCUUCCCAGCCCUCCCUCUUGCUCCUUCUGUUGCUGGUUUCGUCGACGAAGAUAGUCCUGUGCGUGCUAGAUGUUUGUGGACCGGCUGCAGCAGCGUUUGAUGCUGUUGGUUACAUGUGGAAAGGAUAUUUAUGGAGAUCAAAGAGAUGAGACAAAAGAAAAGAAGGGAUUCCCAUGUUGGACAUAGUGGGUUCAUGGAAAACAGCAUUCU